AGUUGGUACUCUUUUGGAAAGAAAAUUUUUUAUUAGGUACUAUUUUGAAAAAAAAAAUAUUAGGUACUUUUUUGAAAAAAAAAUUUUAUUUAGGUACUUUCCCGAUUAACAAACAAAAUGCUCCAAUAAAUUUGUCCGAUCGAGAACCCUCCAAAGUUUACAAAUGUAUACUCGGUCUAUCGUACUUGUUUCUUUGUCAUAAAAUCUAACUUGAGAUCGAGGAGCUUCAAGUUGAAGUAUUCUCCCAAAACCCUAAUUUGUGUAUUUCUGACAAAUGCUAUUUCUGACAUGAAUCAACAUUCAAUAUACUGACAUUCAAAUUUGUGUAUAUUUUUGUUUAAUUAUCGAAUCCCUUAAAACUAUGACUUCUAACAGUUUAAUCUUUUCAGACUCAUGAAUUUGGUAAGAAAAGAGCACAAAGCUUGGCAAGCUUGAAGAAAGACCACAUUUGAUUGCAUUUGCUUCCAAUCAAUUUCCUUCACAAUGACUGUGAAAUGGGUUCUACACUGGCAGCCCAAUGCAGGAACUACAGUUAACACCCAAAUAAUGAAUGAAAUUUGCCAACAUGUAGAGACCUUAAAUGGUGUCAAAGAUAGCCGCUGGAAAUCUAUCAUCACCUUUUACAGGCCCAUCACUCGAGAUCAAUCGAUGGCAGCUGAAUUCCCUCGUGAUUUUCUUGGUAUUUCAAUUCCGGAGCAGCCUAACAAAUACUACUUUAUUAUUCGUGGCAAUCGAAUUGUUCUUGAAGCAGAUUUGAGUAUACAAACAAUCAUGGAGAAAUUGCAAUCUUACAAGUCCAGGGUGUCCCUCAAUUUUGAGGGAAUUCAGUACCAGCUUGGUGAUUUUCAAGUGAGGGUGGGAAAGGUUUCGCCUAGUCACGCUGAAACAAUUAGAGGGAUAGUUAUGGAGGUUGAGUAUCUUCCAAUUUCUUCUAUCGAAAAAUCCAAGCAAAUCCUCGAAGAAUUUGUCAAUAUUUGGAAUGAAACGCUGUCCAAGAGGUCAUUACCGGGUCAGUUUCUGCAUAUGGAAUCAAACUUUGGAGAUUAUGGGUUAACAGAUCACUAUACACCUCAACAUACAGCCGUUCAGUAUGCUACUGUCAUGGCACAAUUGAUUGCAACCGUGCAGGUGCAAGCGCAAUCAAAUCAAAUGGCCAGAAAUUAGUUGAUAUCCCCUUAAUUAGAUUGUACAUGUUUUGGAAUCAUUGUUGUAAUGGAUAUGUGAUUGCCUGUCUUCUUUAGACCCAAUAUUUGUUGGAUAUUUAAAGUAUAAAAAGUGUAAAAGUUAAAUUUCAUGUACAAUGAAAAUAGUGAGACGAAAGAGUCAAAACUUACGUCCAAAAGAAAAGGCAAACAGAAGCAACGAAUACAUAAAACAGGGAUAAGCAACGACUUGUAGCUUAUAAAAACGCCGAAGUCGUCACUUAUAAAAGCCCGACUCAGCGUUUUGGUGAUGACUUGUCGUUAGUGAAAAUGAUGGCUCGGCGUUUUAUUCUGUAAGUGAUAUUUUGCGUUUUCUGUUUGUUGGUUAUUUUGCUUAUGUAAUGUGUGCUUUCAUGAAAUCUGAGUAUUGAUCAAUUAUGUCUGGAUGAAUGGUAUUUAGAAAUAUGCAAUAACUAUUAUAAAUAGUGGAAGUUGCAUUGGAAA